AUGUCAAACCCAAAUGAGACGAUGAAAGCGCUUUAUUCGCAAAGAAAUGAAACUGGAGAUGUGACUUUUAUCGUGGGUUCGGAGUCAAUUCGUGCGCAUCGAUGUGUUUUAGCCGCAAUUAGUCCAAAAUAUAAGGCUCAGUUCUACGAUGUUCAACCGGUUGAAAGUGAAAUUCACGUAAAAGACGUAUCAGCAGCGGCGGUCAAUGAGUUUAUACAGUUUUUCUAUUUGGGAAAAAUGGUUUUGACUAUGGAAAAUAUCGAGGGAGUCUUAAAUUUGGCGAAACAAUCGCUCGUCGAUGUUAUUGUUACCGAUUGUAUUGAUUUCCUUAUGGCAGUGGUGUUUGUGUACAACUUGUGCUGGGCUUAUCGAUUGGCAAUUUUGUAUGAUAUCAAAAAGCUAAAGGAUCAUUGUGAACCACAAAUCAGCGCUAAUACUAAGAAAGUGUUUGCGAGUGGGGACUUUAUCAACUGUGAUCUCGAUUUGCUUAUUCACAUAUUGAAACUGGACACGAUGGACUGCAAAGAGACCGAAGUAUACGAUGCCUGCAUCGCAUGGGCCAAAUCAAAAUGCAGACAAGAAGGAAUAGAUAGUGAAGAUAUGAAAAAUUUGCGUGCUAAUUUAGACACGGCUAUCAAACAUAUCCGAUUCAGUUCGAUGACUGUCGAAGAAUUCGCUAAAAUUCACAGUGAAUAUGACGGAUUUUUCACAGCCGAAGAAUCCAAUGAAAUUUUCCAAAUAAUCGGUAAAGUCAAAAAGAUUAAAACACAUCAAUUCAAUCGAAAUCCACGGCAACGUUAUAUAAGUGGUGGCAGCGCGAGGACUAGAUCAAUGUUACGAGGCUAUUAUAGUUACUACUAA